UGUUCCCUGACCAAACAGCUGAGCUGAGUUGUGUUGUGAGUGUUUGAAGUUACUCAUUUAACAUUGAACGAACUUAUUCGGGGGCCAGAAAGGGUCUGCGCUUUUGGAGAAUAUUAUUUCAUGUCAUUAAACUUUUCAUCAUUCAGGUUGACUGCGGCUUGACUAAUGUUGAGUUUUUCAUCAAAGACCAAAACACAUUCUGUGUGUGUGUGUUUGUCGCUGUCACGGAGCACUGAGUAAAGUCUCACAAAGUCAGUGCAGUGUGAAAAUGGUGCCUGUCCAUGCCGCCUGCGCCUUGUUAAGCCUUGCACCCCUGUUGGUGCUUGGUGUUCCUCCCAUUUUGACCCAGCCAGAGCAGGUGCACAUCUCCUAUCCAGGUGUUCCAGGUUCCAUGGUUGUGACCUGGACCACCAACGAUAAGACAGAGAGCAAGGUGGAGUACAGCCUUCUGGGAGGUCGGCUCUUUGAGAUGACCGCCAAAGGUAACGCUACUCUGUUUGUGGACUCCGGAGUGGAGAAGAGGAAGAUGUACAUUCACAGGGUCACCCUCACAGGCCUCAGGCCAGCUGCUGCUUAUGUGUACCACUGUGGCAGUGAUGAGGGCUGGAGUGAUGUGUUCUCCUUCACUGCGCUGAACGACAGCACUCGUUUCAGUCCCAGGUUUGCUCUGUAUGGUGACCUGGGCAAUGAGAACCCUCAGUCUCUGGCUCGACUACAAAAGGAGACGCAGCUUGGCAUGUACGAUGUCAUCCUGCACAUAGGGGACUUUGCCUAUGAUAUGCAUGAGGACAAUGCCAGGAUUGGGGAUGAGUUCAUGAGGCAGAUCCAGUCCAUAGCAGCCUACGUGCCCUACAUGACCUGUCCAGGCAACCACGAAGCUACCUACAACUUCUCCAACUACAGGAAUCGGUUCAGUAUGCCAGGCCAGACUGAGAGCCUAUGGUACAGCUGGAACCUGGGGUCAGCGCACAUCAUCUCCUUCUCCACUGAGGUUUAUUUCUAUCUCGAAUUCGGCCUGGAGCUCCUCUUCAAGCAGUAUGAGUGGCUGAGGAAAGACCUCGAGGAGGCCAACAAGCCAGAAAACAGAGCGGUGCGUCCGUGGAUCAUCACCAUGGGACACAGACCCAUGUACUGCUCCGAUGAUGACCAGGAUGACUGUACCAGAUUUUACUCCUAUGUCCGACUGGGACGGAACGACACCAAACCGCCAGCUCCCGGUCUAGAGGAUCUAUUUUACCGCUAUGGAGUGGAUCUGGAGCUGUGGGCACAUGAGCACACAUAUGAGAGGCUUUGGCCUGUGUAUGGUGACAAGGUAUACAAUGGGAGCAAAGAGCAGCCUUAUGUGAACCCCAAAGCUCCAGUUCACAUUAUCACAGGCUCUGCUGGCUGCAGAGAGAAGACCGACAGGUUCAAUCCAAACCCCAAAGACUGGAGCGCUUUCCGCAGCACAGACUACGGCUACACCCGCAUGCAAGUGGUCAACACUACCCAUGUUUACUUGGAGCAGGUCUCUGAUGACCAGUACGGUAAGGUGAUUGACAGCAUAUGGGUGGUGAAGGAAAAGCAUGGCUUCUCUGCCUGGUUCUGAAGACUGCUAUUCUUAAAUAAUCUACUCAGGAAACGCACUUUGAACUCAAAACAAGCAUUUUUUUUUGCUGUGCCACACCAAUUAAUCAGUGGUAACAGAAAUUAGUCUGGUUAUUCAUGAAUCUUUUAAUAUCAGACAUGUUCCAGUUUUAACCAAUGGGAGAACAUUACUGUAUAUGAUGAUCAUCUGCUUUAAAUUAAUGUAACUGUAGUUUGCUACAAGAUGUUCUACUAAACAACAUUUUGUAAACAGGGCAUCAAAAUUUAUUUUACAUUUGAAUAAAUUGUGCUUUUGUAUGCA